CUCCCAAGUAAACUUCGUUCCUCCGCAAAAUGUUCGAUAUAUAAAACCCGACGGUAACCCUAAUUUCAUUAUUCUCAAUCUCCGCCGCUGAAAACCUUAAAGAGUUCGAGAGAGAGAAGGGAGACACAUUCAGUUCAUCGAAAAUGGUUCAAUACAGAUUUCAUCAAUAUCAAGUGGUUGGGAGAGCUCUUCCGACGGAGACUGAUGAGCACCCCAAGAUCUACCGAAUGAAACUGUGGGCGACCAAUGAAGUCCGGGCUAAGUCCAAGUUUUGGUACUUUUUGAGGAAACUAAAGAAGGUUAAGAAAAGCAAUGGCCAGGUUCUCGCCAUCAACGAAAUCUAUGAGAAGAACCCAACCGUGAUCAAGAAUUAUGGUAUCUGGCUGCGUUACCAAAGCAGAACCGGGUACCACAACAUGUACAAAGAAUACAGGGACACAACCUUGAAUGGUGCUGUUGAGCACAUGUACAAUGAGAUGGCAUCUCGCCACAGGGUUAGGGCUCCGUGCAUUCAAAUUAUCAAAACAGCUACCGUCUCUGACGAGCUUUGCAAGAGGGAGAGCACCAAGCAAUUCCAUAGCCAAGACAUCAAGUUUCCCAUGGUAUUCAGGAAGAUCAGACCACCAACCAGGAAGCUCAAAACAACUUACAAGGCUUCAAAGCCCAACUUGUUCAUGUAAGAGCACAACUAUUAUCCCGCAUUGUAGUCGAGCUGCGAAAUUUUGUUUACCGAACAUAUUUGAAUUGUUAUGGUUCGUAGUGAUCUUAUGAUAGUAUGUUGCAGACAAGAUAUGUGGUUUUUAAACUUGUUUUGUUUUGUUAACCUUUUUAUAACAUCUUUUAAUGGUGAUUUUUUUUUCCUA